AGCCCCAGCCCCAGUCCCAGCCCCAGCCCCAGUCACAGCCGAAGCCCCAGUCACAGCCAAAGCCCCAGCCGCAGACCCAGUCACAGCCCCUGCCCCACUCACAGCCCUAGCCCCAGCCACAGCCCUAGCCCCAGCCACAGUCCCAGCCCCAGCCCCAGUCACUGCCCCAGCCCCAGUCACUGCCCCAGCCCCACCCCCAGCCCCAGCCCCAGGCACAGCCUCAGCACCCAGCACAGCCCCAGCCCCAGACACAGCCCCAGUCACAGCCCCAGUAACAGCCCCAGCAACAAUCGCAGCCCCAGUCACAGCCGAAGCCCCAGCCCCAGCCCCAGUCACAGCCCCAGUCACAGCCACAGCCCCAGCCCCAGUCACAGCCACAGCCCCAGCCCCAGUCACAGCCGAAGCCCCAGCCCCAGCCCCAGUCACAGCCACAGCCCCAGCCCCAGUCAGUACCCCAGCCCCAGCCCCAGCCCUAGUCACAGCCUCCACAGCGCCAGUCACAGCCCCAGCCCGAGCCCCAGUCACAGCCAAAGCCCCAGACCCAGUCACAGCCCCAGCCCCAGUCGCAGCCCUAGCCCCAGCCACAGCCCCAGCCCCAGCCCCAGUCACAGCCACAGCCCCAGCCCCAGUCACAGCCACAGACCCAGCCCCAGUCACAGCCGAAGCCCCAGCCCCAGCCACAGCACCGAUCAUAGCCCCAGUCACAGCCCCAGCCCCAGUCCCAGCCCCAGCCCCAGUCAGAGCUCCAGUCCCAGUCAAAGCAGCAGCCCCAACCCAACCUCCAGCCCCAGUCUCAGGCCCACUCAAGGCACCAGCCCCAGCCCCAGCCCCAGUCACAUCACCAGCAACAAUCACAGCCCCAGUCAUAGCCCCAGCCUCAGUCACAGCCCCAGUCACAGCAACAGCCCCAGCCCCAGCCCCAGGCACAGCCCCAGGCCCAGUCACAGCGCCAGUCACAGCCCCAGCCCGAGCCCCAGUCACAGCCAAAGCCCCAGACCCAGUCACAGCCCCAGCCCCAGUCGCAGCCCUAGCCCCAGCCACAGCCCCAGCCACACCCCAGCUCUAGUCACAGCCUCAACCGCAGCCCCAGGCCCAGCUGCAGUCACAGCCCCACCCAGUCACAGCCACAGCCCCAGUAACAGCCACAGCCCCAGCCCCAGUCACAGCCACAGCCCCAGCCCCAGUCACUGCCCGAGCCCCAGCCCCAGAUCCAGUCCCAGCCACAGUCCCAGCCACAGCCCCAGCACCAGUCACAGUCUCAGUCACAGCAACAGCCCCAGCCCCAGUCCCAGGCACAGCCCCAGCCCCAGUCACAGCCCCAGGCACAGCCCCAGCCCGAGCCCCAGUCACAGCCCCAGGCACAGCCCCAGCCCGAGCCCCAGUCACAGCCACAGCCCCAGACCCAGUCACAGCACCAGCCCCAGUCUCAGCCACAGCUCCAGCCCCAGGCACAGCCUCAGCCCCAAGCACAGCCCCAGCCCCAGCCCCAGCACCAGUCACAUCCCCAGCCCCAGUCACAGCCUCAGUCACAGCCCCAACCCCAGUCACAGCCGAAGCCCCAUCCCCAGCCCCAGUCACAGCCACAGCCCCAGCCCCAGUCCCAGCCACAGUCCCAGCCACAGUCCCAGCCCCAGUCACAGUCUCAGUCACAGCAAAUGCCCCAGCCCCAGCCCCAGGCACAGCCCCAGGCCCAUUCACAGCCACAGUCACAAUCCCAGUCCAGCCCCAGCCCCACCCAGUCACUUCCCCAGCCCCAGUCCCAACCCCAAUCACAGCCCCAGUCACAGCCCCAUCCCCAGCCCCACCCCAGCCCCAAGUCCCAGCCACUGUCCCAGCCCCAGUCACAGUCGAAGCCCCAGCCCCAGCCCCAGUCACAGCCACAGCCCCAGCCCCAGUCAGUACCCCAGCCCCAGCCCUAGUCACAGCCUCAGUCCCAGCCCCAGCCAAAGCCCCAGUCCCAGCCCCAGCCCCAGUCAGAACUCCAGUCCCAGUAAAAGCAGCAGCCCCAACCCAACCUCCAGCCCCAGUCUCAGGCCCACUCAAGGCACCAGCCCCAGCCCCAGCCCCAGUCACAUCACCAGCAACAAUCACAGCCCCAGUCAUAGCCCCAGCCUCAGUCACAGCCCCAGUCACAGCAACAGCCCCAGCCCCAGCCCCAGGCACAGCCCCAGGCCCAGUCACAGCGCCAGUCACAGCCCCAGCCCGAGCCCCAGUCACAGCCAAAGCCCCAGACCCAGUCACAGCCCCAGCCCCAGUCGCAGCCCUAGCCCCAGCCACAGCCCCAGCCACAGCCCCAGUCACUGACACAGUCACUGCCCCAGUCACUGCCCCAGUCACAGCCACAGCCUCAGCCCCAGUCACUGCCCCAGCCCCAGCCCCAGCUCUAGUCACAGCCUCAACCGCAGCCCCAGGCCCAGCUGCAGUCACAGCCCCAGUCACAGCCCCAGUCACAGCCGAAUCCUCAACCCCAGCCCCAGUCACAGCCCCAGUCACAGCCACAGCCUCAGCCACAGUCACUGCCCCAGCCCCAGCCCCAGCCCUAGUCACAGCCUCAGCCCCAGCCCCAGGCCCAGCACCAGUCACAGCGCCACCCCAGCCCCAGCCCUUUCUCACAGCCUCAGCUCCAGCCGCAGACACAGCCCCAGUCCCAGUCACAGCCCC